ACAUUUCCUCGAACUUCCCUAAAUAAAAUUUUCAAUCCUAUAUAUAAAAUCAACAAAGUCCCUUUUUUCUUCAAAAAUUUGGUGCAAUAAUUGCCAUCUUGAUCAAAAGACAACUUGUUUAGUACGUAUACAUAACCCACUGCACGCGUACGUACCCCAGUAAACAAUAAUGUUUUGUAGGUGCACCAUGGUAGCCUUAAUCUUUAUGUUCAUAGUAGUAGGACUACCCGUAAUAAUCAUUCACGCCGUGGCGAAACACAGGGGUGGCAGCCUAACCUUUACACUAGAACACGCCUCGGUCACCGGCUUCAACCUAACAUCCGACGGUCAUCUGACCUCCUUCUUCGACGUGUCGAUCCAGGCCAAUCACACAAACUUCAAGAAGAAGCUAAAGUACUCUGGUAUUCGUGUGUCCAUAUUUAAAAAUAAGCAGAAUCUGGCGGAGAACUCCUUGGAUAAGUUCACUCAGAGGAAAUGGAAUGUGACUAUGUUAAGGUCUGAGUCUGUGGCUCUUAGCGUCAGACUUAAGCAAUCCCCUGAGUUUGAUCUUCGAUUUGAGAGCGGCCUUGGUUAUAUUGAUUUUGAUGUUUUUAUGACGGCGACGUUGAAUGGAGAUAAUCUUGAGGUUAAUUGUAAACAUGCCAUUGUUAAUAUUACUGCUGCUCCUUAUGAUGUUGCUGCUUCUCCUUCGACAGCUAAUAGUCAUGGCAAAUUUCGUAGCGUCUUAUGCAGUGCUUACAUCUACAGCAAUGAUAACGGUCCUUAAAUUUACAACUAUUAUUAGCAGAUAUUUUAGUAUAUAUUACUGUGUACUGUAUAUUCAUUAUUGCCUUUAUUCCCUCUAAAACUUAUAAUUAUUGUAAAAUUAUUCAUACGCACCAAUUUUCAAGAGAUGGUCUUAAAUAGUAUCAACAAAAAUCUAUUGUAAUUGUAUACACACAAAAUAAUCUAAGAAUGUCAUGGAAAAGUUC